AUGGUUCAAGAUAAAGAACAAGAGCAAGAUCAAGAAACGAUUAACAAACAGCAAAGCUCUAAUGGAAAACUAUUUAAAGGACAUUCUCUAGUUCUCGAGUUUUCAGAUGAUGAUGCAAGUGACAGCGGAUCUGACAACAAUAGUGACCUUAGCAGGGAUGAAGAUGAGAGUGACGUCGAUACAGAUAAUGAGUAUGAGGAAGAUUUAAUGUAUUACGAACGUGCCGUUCGUGAAAUUGCUAAAGGUGAUUCGUAUCAAUGCAUGAUAUGUACUGUAGAAAUGGACCAUACUUGUAAAAUGUAUGCUUGUCGUCAUUGUUACAGAGUUUUUGAUUAUGAUUGUAUUCGUGAAUGGGCAUUAAAAUCCACUCAAAAAACUGUGGAUAAAACAUGGAAAUGUCCCAAUUGUUAUCACAGUAGUAAGAAAGUUCCACUAAAGGAUAGACCUACAUGUUGGUGUGGCAAAGUUGUGAACCCAGAUCCAAACCCCCUAGAUCCAAACUCAUGUGGCCAGACAUGUAAUGCGAAUAUUUGCCCACAUAAAUGUUUGAAACAGUGCCACUUAGGCUCUCACCCUGAAUGCACUCAGUUAUUAAAAAUUACAUGUAGAUGUGGUAGAGAAACUAAAGAUAUUUAUUGCCAUGAAUCUAGAAGACAAAAAAGUAUUUUUCAUUGUGAUCAAGAGUGUGGGUUAACUUUGCCAUGCGGUAUUCAUAAAUGCAGGAGGAAAUGCCAUUCUGGACUGUGUGGAUCGUGCCCUGAACUCUUAAUCGAUGAGAAUGUUUCAGGGAAAAUAAAAUGUUAUUGUGGCUUACAUUCUUUGAAAGAAAUGAAUUGUAAGGAUGUUGCAUUCCCAUCAUCUGGGAAAAUAUCCCGAAAUCAAGAAGAUAAGGAAUGGGUGGGUAUUUUUGAUUGUAAAGAGAUGAGAUCUGUUUCCUAUACAUGUAAUGAACAUGUGUUUGUUGAAGGUUGUAUUGCACCACCUACUCUUCCAUCUACCGUUGUAUGCCCAUUCUCGCCUAAUUUAUUAAAGACAUGCCCAUGCGGAAAGACUGCUUUACAAGAUAUGGAUUGUGAAAGAACAAAAUGUACCGAUCCAAUACCGACUUGUGAUAACGUAUGUAAUAAAAUAUUGAAGUGUGGAAAACAUAGAUGCCCUUUUACAUGCCAUACUGGAAAAUGUAUGGACCCAUGCAUUCAAAUUGAUAAAAUGGAUUGUGCCUGUGAAAGAAGAACGUUCCUUGUCCCCUGUCAAUUUAAAGGAAAACCAGUUUGCAAAUUUAAAUGUGAAUCCUUAAUGUCAUGCCGCCGUCAUAGAUGUAUGGAAUAUUGCUGUUCUGGUAGACCUUAUGCAGAAAGACGGAAGAAAACAAUACUUAGAUCAAGUGAUCGAAAUGAUGAAACUUUGGUUGAAGCAGAACAUGUAUGUUUGAAAGACUGUAACUUGAAAUUAUCAUGUGGUAUACAUACCUGCCAGCGUAAAUGCCAUCCUGGCCCAUGUCCACCAUGUCUAGAGAGUGAUUCUAAUGACCUUGUAUGCCCAUGUGGUAAGACUGUCAUUCCUGCACCAGUCCGUUGUGGUACAACUUUACCACCAUGUAAAUACCCAUGCAUUAAAGUUAUAAGAGGAGAAUCAGACUGCGGACAUAAACCAAUGCCACACUCUUGCCAUUCAUUAGAUCAGCCAUGCCCCGUUUGCACAGCGCCGGUAUUUAAGCCUUGCAAAUGUGGUAAAAAAGAUAAAGUAAGAACUAUGUGUUUUCAAGAAGAUGUUUCAUGUGGUUUACCUUGUGGCUUACCAUUAAAGGACUGCUAUCAUAAAUGUCAAAAGAGAUGCCAUUUACCUGGUGAAUGCCAAAAUACAUGUAUUCAAAUUUGUAAUGCAAAGAGAAGCAAUUGCAGCCAUGGAUGCACUCAACGGUGCCAUAAAAAUGCACCUUGCCCUGAUAUACCAUGUACCGUACCUGUUACUGUAGUGUGUGAUUGUGGUAGACGAAAAUUAGUGAAACCAUGCAGCUCUACAUCGACUAUUGAUAGUGUUACAAUCACAAGCCAUUUAGAAUGUGAUGAAGAAUGUAUGCUGCUGUUGAGGAGAAUGGAGUUAAAAGCAGCAUUUGGUAUUGUGAAUGGUUUGGGUGACGAUAAAACAAGUGUAGCAAUUGAAAGAAUUCAAAACCGCAUAUCUGUCGCUAAAGCAUAUGAAGAAUUAGAAUUACCAUUUGUAGAGGCAGUACUAACAGUUUAUGCAAAACAACCAAAAUGGUGUAGCCAAAUAGAAGGUAUCCUAAAUAAAUUCAUGGAUGAAAAAUUAAAAUCUUCCUUACAUUUCAAGCAUAUGAAAGCACCACAACGGUCCUUUGUUCAUAAUUUGGCUGAUGCAUAUAAGAUCUAUAGUGAAUCACAAGAUCCUGAGCCAGUACGUUCGGUUUUUGUUAAAAAAUUAACUAAUGGUACAAGUUCCAAACCAAUCUUAACUCUAGAAGAAGCUUUGCCAUUAUACGAGUCUUUCAAAGAAGUUCAGAAAGAGAAAAAGAAGCAAGAAUAUGAAGCACGAACUCAUAAAACACUUAUUAAUGUAGAAGCUGAGACCCAAACUCAACAGAGUGCUACCAAAUACAAUGGGUUUUUGAUCAAAAAUCUUGUGAAAGGAACAACUGAAGAAGAUUUAGAACGUAUAUUUGGUGAAUCAUUAAAACCAACACUAGUUAAAGAUCCUCAAUAUCUUGUUAUGGAUGAAAGCCAUCAUGGGUUCAUUUGUCCAGCUGAUUAUGCCGAAAUUUCUAUUAAUGUCGAACGUGAUAUGGAACAACUAAUCGGAUUCUUUGACAGUUUGUGCAAAGAACAUUUCAUUGGAGAUAUCGUUGAAUUAUGCAAUAUAGAUGAAGCAUUGUUACAAGAAAAUGUAGAUUUGGAAGAUUCUGAAGAAGAAAAAUUAACCAGUCCAGAGGUUGAAAAUGAUUCAGAUAUUCAUGACUCUCCUAAAAAUUAG